UAAUGGCUGCACCACCACCACCAUACGCUGAGAAAGGGGGACCACCCCCUCCCCCGGGUGAUUAUCCUCCCCAAGGACAACCUGCUUACCCUCCUCCUCAACAGGCGUAUCCUCCGCAAUAUCCGCCGCAACAGGCACCAGGAGUUGUGGUCGUCCAGAACAUUCACUAUGAUCGGUACCCAGUUCAAGUGAAUUGUCCAAACUGCCGACAGUUAGUUCAAUCAAGGGUCGAUUACGAGACUGGCACUGGAACCUGGCUAAUAGGGUGCUUCAUCUGUAUAUGUGCGUUUUGUAUUGACGCUUGUAAAGAUGCUGUCCAUGUGUGCCCAAGCUGCGCUCACAUUCUCGGAAGAAAAAACCUUAUCUAAAUCAGCAAAUGACUAAUUUUCUGUCGGAGUUCCUUUUUAAUGAACGAUGAACAGUGAUAGUAUCUAGACUUACAAAAUGAUGCACAUUCUUAGUUAAAUUAAUCAGCUAUAGCUUUGCUUAAUUAGCUCGUUGUUAUGGUGAGUUGCAUUUAAAUCAAAUAAUCUUGUAGAAAAGGAUUUUAUAAAUAUUAGUCAAGUGAAAUAAGCAGAUAUCAUAAUCUUUAAAUAUGUUACAUGCUGGUUUGCAAAUUGGUUUAAAUCGAAAGAUACUUGACGGAGAAUGUUUCUUGUCCUUAUUUAAAAUGAAAGUUUGUAUUAUAACAACAAUUAUUGAAUUUCAAGAAAAUAUCGCACUAUUAAAAGAUUGGAUCGGUUAUCCUCUAGAUAUGUGCAGAUUACAUUUUAAGAGUUUUAUUUUGGCAAUUUUUGAAGUCAACAUAAAGUGGAUCUUAACGAAAACCGACAUUUUACGAAAAUCCUCUUACCCUGUGGCUAAUUAGAAUAUUUUAAAAUAUUUCUUAUUUCCCCCUUUUCAAAGGGAAAAUUUACAGUUAAAAAAUCAGUAAAGUUUUAAACCUUUACAAUGCAAAUGCUAUCAAUAUCAGUGGUUUACCUAAAAGCAAAUUAUACAAAGUUUUUAAAUUAAUAUUUGGAAGUUAAUUGCAGUUUUUCAAGUCAGCUGAUGCAUUUCUUGUUGGUUUUUCUGGUGAAAGCUUUUAUAUUACCGUUUUGAUUGAAUCUGUUACAGUGUACGUUUUUUAAUUUCUGCAUAUAUUACAUAGAUAAUAUUCUAGUUUCCCUAUUAUAAAA